AUGGGUAUUGUUUUCAAUACCAAGACUGGAGGUCGUUAUAAGAGCGAAUCACCAUCAGCAGUAUCGAGCAGUCAUCAACGACCUCUCGAAGCGUUAACACGGCAGAACCUAAAAUUCCUCAAGAGCUUGGGCCUGAGACUCCAAAAGGAACGAAGAAAAAAAAGAAAACCUAUCAUCUUUGAUGAAUCUAUCGCUCAUUACGAGAUUCAUGCACAUCAGCCUUUUGGAUCGACAACAUUCAAUAACAAUGAUGAAAUUCGCAUUGCCGUUCAACAUCAAGACUUAUGCCUGCUACCGAGUAAGAGUGCACUGCAUGUACAUGGACGCUUGACCAAAACCGAUGGAGGAGCUGUUACGCACACGAGAUUGGUGAAUUGUGCGAUCCUCCAUCUAUUUGAGGAGAUACGCUAUGAACUGAAUGCUGUUGUGAUUGAUAGAAACAAAAAUAUCGGCAUCACGACACUGAUGAAGAAUUAUGUGUCGCAAACUCCCGGUCAAGCUGCUCUCCUGGAGAAUGCAGGUUGGAUCCUCAAAGACGACGAAAGAACAAUCCUCGAUGCUAGUGGCUACUUUGAUAUCUCCAUACCAUUGAUUAUGUUGUUGGGCUUCCCUGAGAAUUAUGCUAGAAUUAUUGUGAAUGCAAAACAUGAGCUAAUCCUAACACGAGGAAACACCGACGUGAAUGCAGUCGUCCAAGCACCAGUAGGAGAAGCUGCUGCUGAAUCAUUUAGACUCUCGCUGACUAAAGUGGAGUGGAUGAUUCCCUACAUCAGAGUAGCCGAUUCCAAGAAAAUCAGUCUAUUGAACUACAUUUCUAAGGAUGCACCAAUUCCCAUUAGUUUCCGAGCUUGGGAAUCGUACGAAUACCCACUGCUACUAGCGACCUCUAAACAUGUUUGGGUGGUGAAAUGCUCAACUCAAUUGGAGAAACCUCGCUAUGUCAUCAUGGGAUUCCAAACUAAUCGCAAGAAUCAAGCUAAUAAGAAUGCGAGCCGCUUUGAUCAUUGUAAUAUCCGCGAUGUAAAGCUUUUCCUCAAUUCUCAAAGUUACCCUUAUGGUAAUCUAAAUCUUGAUUUCGAUCAUAAUCAGUACGCUUUGCUUUAUGAUAUGUAUACAAGUUUUCAGAGCUCCUACUAUGGGAAAGAAACUGAGCCACUUCUGAGUAAGACAGAUUUCCUCACCUAUGCUCCACUUAUUGUCAUCGAUUGUUCAAAGCAAAAUGAGUACUUGAAGUCCGGACCAGUUGAUAUUCGUCUUGAAUUCGAGUCUGAUCAUAAUUUUCCGUUCAAACUGCAGCCUAUUGCUUAA